GUAUACUUGCACUUUGCAAAGAAAGAAAAAUGGCAUUCCUGGCGCUCCUGGUGUGCAGCCUGCUGGUAGCCUCAUCAUAUUCACAGCCUGGCUGGCCAGGUUAUGGUGGUGGAAACAGUGGAGGAGGAUAUGGUGGUGGAAGGCCUGGAGGUGGAGGAUACGGCUGGGGAAACUCUGGAGGUGGAGGACAUGGUGGUGGAAACUCUGGAGGGAACACCGGAGGAGGUUCUAAUACUGGAAGAUGUGCAUGCAAAUUGAGUUGUAAAGAUGUAAUGACAAGGACGAAUACCGCCAAGUGCGAUGCCGGAUAUACUGCCAUGUCUUGUUCCUGUGGAUCGGGUUGUGGAUCAUACAACUUCAAGGGCUCCGACGUGUGUUUCUGUCAGUGCCAAAACAUGGAUUGGACAAGUGCCCGCUGCUGCAAGAUGGUCUAAUAAUGUCACCAGGAUGUCACCUUUAUCUCACUGUUUAACACAUUAAUUCAUUUUUGAUAACAAUAAAAUACAUUUUAGAAAAUA